CACUACAUUAUCAUCGAAGCAAAUAUCUUAUAGAUAUGACAUAAUCAACAUUUAUGAAUUUCUCGUUGACAUUUGAUGAGGUAAACUACCAUGAAACCGUUAACAUAUUCCGUCUAUCGUCAAGAAUUAAAGAACUUCGAAUUGGAAGAAUAGUAAUCUAGGAUGCCAUUGACUCAAUAUAGCUAGGAUAAAGUAUUGUUUUUAUAACGAAAGUCUUCUACGCUGCUGCUAGUCCAUACAGUAAAAUAAAUUACGUCGUUCAAUAAUGGCUGUCUUUACAAAGAAAAUAAAAUACAUUGUCUUAUAUAUCUCCUUAUUUUGUGGCUUUUACACGGUGAAAGAUUUCCUGCAGAUAUCAACGACAAAUAUGAACGGAUUUAAUCUGGAAAUUAGACAUAAAUCAUCUCAAAAUAUAGAAACGUCCACUUCAAGUGUCCGUCAUUUGCUUAGCCAUCCAACAAAACCAAAAUGCACCCCCCCGGCCAUUCUGGAAUUUCCACGUGACUUAUUGAACCGUAAACAGAGAUUGUACGGGGGGAUACUACUACACGUCCUAGUCGCAUUCUAUAUGUUUUGGGCAAUUACUAUAAUCUGUGAUGAUUACUUCGUCCCAGCAUUGGAUGUGAUAUGUGAAAGAUGUAACUUACAAAGUGAUGUUGCUGGGGCAACCUUUAUGGCGUUGGGAAGCUCAGCUCCUGAACUGUUCGCUUCUGUAAUUGGUGUAUUCAUAACCAAAGGUGACAUUGGAACGGGAACAAUCCUAGGUUCUGCUGUUUUUAAUGUCUUAUUUGUCAUCGGAGUUUGUGCUCUCUUCUCCGGACACGUGCUAAAACUGUCUUGGUGGCCAAUUGUUCGUGACCUCAUGUCUUACCUUCUGGCGUUGAUAAUUUUAGUGUUGGUGAUCAUGGAUGGCGUCGUGAAAUGGUACGAAGCUAUUACGAUGAUGUGUUCAUAUUCUCUGUACCUAAUCCUAAUGUAUUUUAAUCCAUCAAUCGAGAGGUUUGUCUACCGCAUCACAAACACAGAGAAAGCUAUUCAAUUCCCAGAGCAUCAUCUGGGUUAUACGGGGUUAGCUCCAGCACGGGACGAUGGCACAGAUGAGUUAUGCCCUGGUCAUCAUUAUAAACAUGACGGAGAUCAGGAAGAUUCUGAGGAAAAUAAAAAACAACGAGGUGAGGUUGAAAAGAUUAGCGAAGCAGCGAUGCUGAUGUUAAGUGAUGAUGAGGUUGAAAUCAAGACAGAUGGAACUAGCGUAGGCUCUUCGAACAAAGAUAAUGAAUGCUGCCUUCAAGAUAUGGAAUUCGAUGCUGCUUUAGGAAAUCCAUUUCACCCGCCAAGUGGAAAAUGUCAAAAAUUAUGCUGGUGUUUAGCCCUACCAUUGAACAUAUGCUUCUACUUCACAAUCCCUGACGUACGAAAACCCAAAUGCAAGAAAUGGUAUCCUUUGUCAUUCUUUGUAUGCAUCAUAUGGAUAGCAGUGACAUCUUAUAUUCUGGUUUGGAUGGUGACACUAGUUGGAUAUACGUUCGGUGUUCCUGAUACAAUCAUGGGAUUAACAUUAGUGGCUUUUGGUAGCAGUGUUCCUGACUGUAUCUCCAGCCUGGUCGUCGCCAAGAAAGGUGACGGUGAUAUGGCUUGCAGUCAUACCGUGGGAAGUAAUGUUUUUGAUAUUCUGUUAUGCCUUGGCCUCCCUUGGACUCUCAAGACAAUGAUAUUUGAAUCGAAGUCAUCAAUUGUUUUGAACAGUCAUGGACUGUAUAUUUGCUGUUUCUUCAUUAUGGCUUCAAUAUUACUCACAUUUUUAAUGAUGCACUUUCACGAAUGGACUCUAACAAAGACAGUUGGUUGCACUUAUCUUGUGGUUUAUUUAAUAUUUAUAUCGAUCGCGUGCGUUAUAGAAUUAAAUGUAUUUGGUUAUGUAAAUCCUCCGAUGUGUAAAGUAGAGGGGGGGUAUUAAAAAUCACUAGGAAAGAAACAUAUCGCAUCGGGAUUUUGUACUCAAUUGAUGUCGAACAUUUUAUAAAUGCUUAAAUUAUCUUGGGUUUAAACUUUAAGUGAUGGGUUUUAUAACUUUGUUUUCUAUUCGAGGUCAAUGAAAUGAUUAUAGAGAAAAUGUUUGCAUAAUUUUUCGCAAUGUAAAUAAUUAUCUUAAGACUUUGUACGUGAUACGAAUAAAA